GCUGCAAGCUUAUGCUCAUCUAAUAACACACCAGCCCUGAAAAUCCUCAGCGAGAGAGAGAGACCUGAGAGAUGGCCUCCAGCUCCAAGCAGCUGCAGGCUACUCUCUUCUUGGUGGCAGCUCUGCUCUUCCUCGUCUGCACGAGGGGCGCCCAAGCAGCAAGGCCCCAACCAGGAUCGAAUGACCGCAUGCUACAGCGCGCUGUAUACACUUCUGUCCAUGAGAAUAGUGGCUCAGGACCCUGGAUGGAAAUGGAUCAAGAAGAGCCGGAUGCGACGAGAGAUUGCGAGGGAGGAGAAGAAGGGGUUGAGUGGUUGACGAGGAGGACCUUGGUUGCUCACACCGACUACAUCUACACCCAAGGGAAGCACAACUAGUGUAGUAGCUGGCUAGCUGGUAAUUCCUAGAAAAAAAAGGAUGCAUUGUUCAUGGGCCACCCUGUUUCUGCAGUCCUGUCAAAUCUGUGUUUUUUUAGGAAUCCUGUGGAUUAUCUUCAUACCUAGUCACUUCUGUGUGAUUUUCCAGUCGCUUCUCUUGAGAUCAUUUAUAUGUCCUGGAACUCUAUCCGCCGUCUGGACUUGAGACGCCAAAUGGAAAAUCUGGACUAAAUAAUGUAUUCACUGUAAAUGUUGAAUCUGAAUGUGUAGUCCCUAUGCUUCAGUUAUAAGAAACUGUAGUUUCAACUGUC